AUGCCGGUGGCACUUACGGAGUGUCGCCCCCCCGGGUGUCGCCGCUGUCGCCCCCCGGGUGUCGCCGCUGUCGCCGCUGUCCCCGCGGCGAGCGCGCGGCCGGCGGCGCUUCCUGCUGUGACUGACUCGGGUGCGCAGAGGGACCGCGGCGGGACCGGCACCGGAACCGGCACCGGGACACCGAACCGGCACCGGGACACCGAACCGGCAACGGGACACCGAACCGGCACACGGAACCGGCACCGGCACACGGAACCGGCACCGGCACACCGAACCGGCACGGCACUUACGGAGUGUCGCCCCCCCGGGUGUCGCCGCUGUCGCCCCCCGGGUGUCGCCGCUGUCGCCGCUGUCCCCGCGGCGAGCGCGCGGCCGGCGGCGCUUCCUGCUGUGACUGACUCGGGUGCGCAGAGGGACCGCGGCGGGACCGGCACCGGAACCGGCACCGGGACACCGAACCGGCACCGGGACACCGAACCGGCAACGGGACACGGAACCGGCACACGGAACCGGCACCGGGACCGGCACACCGAACCGGGACAUGGAACCGCCACCGGCACACGGCACCGGGACACCGAACCGGCACCGGGACACCGAACCGGCACCCGACAGCGGGACCGGGACACGGAACCGGGACACGGAACCGGGACACGGAACCGGCACCGGCACACGGAACCGGCAACGGGACACGAAACCGGCACCGGGACACCGAACCGGCACCGGCACAUGGAACUGGCACCGGGACACGGAACCGUGAUACGGAACCGGCACCGGCGCCGGCACACGGAACCGGCACCGGGACACGGAACCGGGACAUGGAACCAGCACCACCAAACGGAACCGGCACCCAGUGGCGGGACCGGGACACGGAACUGGGACACAGAACCGGCACCUGGACCCAGAACACAGCACCUGGCAGUGUCACCGGGACACGGAACACAGCACCCGACAGUGGCAUCGGGACCGGAACCGGCACCAGGACACGGAACCAGCAGCGGGACAUGGAACCGGCACCGGGACCCAGAACACAGCACCCGACAGCGGGACCGGCACACGGAACCGGCACCGGGACCCCGAACACAGCACCUGACAGCAGCACCGGGACGCGAAAUUGGCAUCGGGAUUCAGAACCCAGCACCCGACAGCAGCACCGGAACCAGCACCGGGACCGGGAACCGGGACUGGCACCAGGACCCGGCACGUGAUACCCAACAGCAGCACCGGGACCGGCACAGGGACCAGCACUGGGACCCGGCACCUGACACCAGAACCAGCACCAGGACCCGGUACCUGGCACUGGAACCGGCACCGGGACCCAGAGCCCAGCACCUGACACCGGAACCAGCACCAGGACCUGGCACCGGGACCCAGAGCCCAGCACCUGACACCAGAACCAGCACCAGAACCCGGCACCGGGACCCAGAGCCCAGCACCCGACACCGGAACCAGCACCAGGACCCGGUACCUGGCACUGGAACCGGCACCGGGACCCGGAACCCAGCACCUGACACCGGAACCAGCACCAGGACCCGGCACCGGGACCCAGAGCCCAGCACCCGACACCGGAACCAGCACCAGCACCCAGAAUCCAGUACCCAACAGUGGCACCGGAACCGGGACAGGCACUGGGACCCGGGACUGGGACCCAGAACCCAGCACCGGGACCGGGCACCUGACACCAGGACUGGCAGCAGGACUGGUACCGGGCACUGGUACCGGGCACCCAGCACCGGGACCCAGAACCCAGCACCUGACAGCAGCACCGGAACCAGGACCGGCACCGGGAUCUGGCACUUGACAGCAGCAGCAGCACCGGAACCGGCACCCAGCACCAUACCGGGACCCAGCACCUCACACCGGGACCUGGAACCGGCACCGGACAGUGGCACCCAGAAGCGGAACCGGCACCGGGACCCAGCACCCAACGCCAGUGCUGUAACCGGUACCGGCACCUGA